AUGAGGGCCCCUUUUCAAGGACUAGGUGGCGAUAAUGCGGCCCCAUGUGCUCUCUCCGAAGUCACCUGGUCUAAGGCAACACCACGGGCCUUACACGGAGAAUCUCGGUCGCAAGCCAGACGAUCCUCACGUCGAGCGGGGGAGACAAGCCCAGAUGCUUGCAGCACGGCUAUGCGAGCGGCCCCCGAAGGCGUCUCUAUGGAUUUGGGAGCCCCUAAAUGGUCUUCAGAGGCGGCAAAAAUGCAGGAAGCUGCGGAUUUUGAGGGUUGGGGGCCGGUGUUGUCUUUGGACAGCGAGCAAGACGCUUCCCCACUACAGGCCCCCCUGAGGGAGGCCAGCGUCUCCCGGCUUCCGGGCACGAUAGACGUACACUUCAGUUCCCCUCCUGGAAGCUCUCCUUCUGAGGGGGCCAUUUGUGAAGACCCCGCCGACGGCUUGGCUCAACAAAAAGGGAGCUGGAGGCACUUGCAGCUGCCCCUUGAAACGUUCCUUUUCUUAGCCGUUGAUUCUGAGGCCGACGCACUGCGCUUCUUGAAAGAAGGGGCCUCCGUUAUGCUGGGAAGUGCUCACGCCUCUUCAGGGAGCCCUUCCAUGGGCCCUGUCGGAGCCGGCUUUUAUGAGCUCAAGUUGGCUGAAGCCUUAUUCACCGAGGCCGCUGCAGCCGCUGUGCAGCGGAGGGCAGCAGCGCAGUCGGCGGCUCCAAAGGGAAAGAGUGGAUUCGAGUCCCUUAAAAAGGCGAUCAAAGAGUUCUUUGCGGCGUUGUACCCCCGAGUGGCGGAGGAGAGGCACCGGCAACAGAAGCAGCUCCUGCAACAGCAGGACCCUCUGCUGUGCAGGGUGGCACCUAUCUGGCAAGACUUCAGAGCAACGCUAUUUUCUCACGACGAACUCCCGCCGUUCGAGCGAGUUCCUGUGGUAUCCGUCCGAGAAGGGGGGCCCCUGUGGGAUGUGCGGCGGGCCUCCGGCGUUCAAGGGGCACCAGGCAAGCCUUCCUGCAGUAGGAAGCUGCUUUUGCGGCUGCCUAAAUUGGCCUUGCAUGAAGCCCUCCUCACGCCUUUGCAAAUCGCGACUAAGGAUGCUCCAGAAACUGGAGACACAGCAGCUUGCAGGGGCAACCUGGCGUUACGCUGGGCUGUCCUUUGUGCAAUGGUAAGAUACAGGGAGAUGCUGGAUCCUCAAGUGUUGGACCUCAUUCCUGAUCCCAGAACACCUCGGGGACUUCCUGAUGGUUUGCUCACCAUAGAGAGAGCCCUCUUUCACGGUACUACAGCACCUCACUGUGUAGCCGCGUAUCCGGCGGCAGUUGAAAGGCGCACAGUGGGGUGCGGCAGGUGUCGAGAGCUUGGCCCUUGCUCUGUUACUGCAUGUGUGAAGACGUUGUUACAGCUCUGUGAGUUUCUGCUUUUCUCUUACCCAUUUACAGGUCUCAGUGCUGCUGCCCGCCAGCGGCGGCUACGACUGCUGCAGUCUAUAGCCCAAGCAUACCCUGUUGAAUACGGAGGCCAGAGUCAAAGCAGGAACCUUAGGACUCGUAGCGCAAGCCCCCUGUGGAUCCUACCCAUGGGAAGUGCUGUGAAGGCGUGGAUGGAAACCUCGACAGAGGAUUUGAACUCUUUGUUCCAUGCCGCCAAGCGCAGCGGGGCAGCCGGAGACAACAGCGAAGCCGUGGCCUUACUCGAGGGCCUUCUGCUUUCUUGUGACCAGCGCCCGCCUGACUUGGAUGCGAUGGAGGAGCAACUGCACAGGGAGCGAACGUAUGCGGAGGGAAAACUCCGAGGUCCUCUUGCAGCUGACAGCACGACUGCAGGGGCCCUAUUAGCACUGCCCGCCUUCGUAGAAGCCUUGAUUCUAGACGGGGUGGAUGCAGGGGCACGCGUGAUCGCUCCACUAAUGGCGCAAUUGAACCAGCAAGCCCAGAGCCUCGCUUCCCAGCUGGGUCUUCCCUCCGCUGACGGCAGUCUCCGAGAAGACGAUGCCAGGGGCACUAGGCCAAGCAGGACCGUCUCAAGGGCGCAACUUCUCGAGCAGCGACGCGAGUUUUUGCUAUUGCUCAACACCGUUGAAAGACGAAUGCUUAUGGCAGUAACGGAGGCUCUGGAGGGCUCUAUUCUGGGGGGCACUGGCCUGCACGCUCGCCGACUGUCCCCAGAACCGGAAGGGCCUUUGCCGGAAGAUGGCGAGGAGGCUGCGGUGCGGACCUUUGUAGAGGCUCAAGUCUUCCUAAGGGAUCUCACACACAGCAUGCGGAAGACCCUAAUGCUUCCCAAGGGGCCACAUGAAGCUCAUGCCGAGGUGACCGCCGCCGCUGCCCCCGUUGAUCACCCUGAGGCCUCAAUCCCGUUUCCGUCAUUCUCUGACUUGCUGACGGUUUCUGAGGGCUCAAAUCCAUUAAAUGCGGGGCGGCCUACGCUCGCAACGUCGAGUGCCCUGGCCACGGCGGCCGCUCGCCUUUACGCUUUCUUCCAAGUGAACUGCUUUGGAAGGAGCCUUCCGGACUCGCUUCGGCUGCGCAUCUCUAGGGGCCUUAGUUCGCCCACAGCGGCAUCGUGUAGGCUUUUUCGGGAACUACAUGACGGCAGCCUCAGGGCCGAGUGGACGAUACACAUUCAUCCAGAUGUGCACCAUCUGCCUCUGCUUGCAUCGUCGCUCCUUUCCUCGAUGUUCACGAUUUACAAGGACUCAGUGCUCACCCCUCGAGCCCUGUUGCCUCCGGGCGUCCCUCCAUUGGAGGGGGCGAGCGAGGAGACAGAAAGUUGGGACGCUUCUUCGCCUUCCUGCUGCUGCAAAGCUGUGCGCCGAUGGCAAGCCAUCAGGCGAACGGCGGAGAGAAAUGCAUGGCCGUUUUACGUGGGUCUCCAAGGCGGAGAGCCGCUACAGUUCUCACUCGCAACAUCCAUCUGCCCACUGCAGGAGGGCCCUGGAGACCCUGCUUUGGUAUGCGGCUCUCCGAGGCCAAUGCUUGAUAUUCUUUCUGCCAAACCAUCAGCUUCAGUUGUGCAUGCACAGGUGGGGAGCUCGGGCCCCCACCGUCUCCUUUCCCUACGCACGGCAGUGCCCAUAGGCUCAUCGGGAAGCGUCAGCGCAGCCAUGGCUCUGAGUGCUGCGGAGACAGAAGUGCUGCUCAGGGAAGCUAAGGAUGAAGCCGAAGGAGAGAAGAUCCUCCGGGCCCUGGAAGCUUGUACGGCAGAGAGGUAUGAGGGUGCGCGACUGCGAACUCCACUGUUGGAUCGCUUGGUGGAAGAAGGCAUUGAGCCAAGAAGGGCUUUACUCCUCCUAAACACGCUGGUAGAGAGACAAACGGUGCUUCCUUCGAGCGGGGAGAUCAGCGAACUGAUGACGGCUGCGCAUCCGGAGACUGCAGGGUCGCCUGUAGUUGUGCCCAGACCCAAAGUAGAGGGUGCCCUGGCCAAUCUUUCUCGAAACUGGGAAAAGGGUUCCGUACAUUUCCUGCCCCUAGUGUAUGCACUGUGGGCAGGGGAGAGGAGCGCUGCAGCAGGGGCUGCAGCUGCUGGCGCUGUGUCUGUAGCAAAGGAAAUGGGGGAAGAAGGCCUUCCAAAGUCUGUGGAGGCAGGAAGCGAAAGCAGUUCCCUAGAUACGUGGGCCUGGAAGGUUGCCGAGAAGCUGCGUCGUGACGCUACGGGUGCCGCCUUUCUGCUGCGGUGGCUUGAAGGCCACACCCGCGGAUACCAGCACUCCAGCGACUGCCUCCAAGCUGGUUCAACUGGAGUUGAUCUACGGGGCGUUGUCUCACAGGGGCCUUCAGUCCCGGAGGAGGGCUCCCCUGCAGCCACUAAAGCUCUUUUCCAGGAAGGCCUUAAGUAUCUUGAGGACCUGCAUGUCAUCGAGCACCAACAUCAACAUUCCCAGAGACUGAUGACGAUGCAUCAUUUGUUGCACAGCACGAAUAACCAAGAAGGGCUUGCUGAGGCCGUAAGUCAGAUCUGCGCUGGUCAGAUGCCUUCCAAGACUAAGGAUUCGGACUCCCAGCUGUUAACUGAACAGCCUGAUGAGGCGCCGAAAGCUGUGGAGGAGACGCAAAAUGCAGUCAAGGGAGAGGCUGCCUUACGAGGUGCUCUGGAAGACAGCGCGAGGCGCAUCGUUGAAGGAUCAGGACGAGAUGCUGUUGCUCAGCAGUUGUACGCCAUGUUCAACACGAAAUGCUUCUCAAGGGCCUUGCCACCAAGUCCGCAGUUAGUUUUUGCUGAUCCAAAUUCCAUUACCGCUGCACGGGGGACUCUAUACAAGGCUUCUUCGCCACCAGCUGUUCUUGCCAGCCACUAUGCUGCCGUUGGAGACUUUCGCCAACCACCUGUAAUCUAUAUUCACCCAGGUGUCCGCGAUAUCUUCUUGCUGGCUCACGUACUGCUGCAGCAGAUGAUGCAGCUGAUGGGGCGAGUUUAUCAACCCUUCACAACACUGGGUGUCGAAACACCCCCCGAGUUGCAAAAGCACAUCACAGCGAGUCAGCUAGCUCCUCUGGCAGAUAAAUAUGCCACUAAACUAGCGAAGGCACCUAUUACUCCGCCGGCUUCAGAUGGCCUCCAGAGAAUCCAGAGUCUCGCAAGGCCAGAACCUCUAGGGCAAGGCGAACCAGAAGGAUUCGUUUCGCUCUCUCGCUUCUUUCAAGCCUCCACAGCUUUACCUGCGCUGCUGAGGGAGUCGGGUAAAAUUAGUGAAGAUGCGGCAGCAAAACAGCAGCAAACACUUCAGGCGGCCGCUACAGCACUAGCAAGGGCUAGUGCCAAAGGCACCGGAAGAACUCCCAUGCAACACAACGCUCUGCAUCUUGUAGCUGCCGAGGCAGCAGAAACCGCCUCCGCAGGAAGCUCCAAUCCAGACGAUAUAAAUCCUGCGGCAUUCCUAGAAGCCGUUGAGUUUGUACAGAUGGAGGCUGCGCGCCACUACGCUCGAGAGGGGACCCAGAAGUUGCCAGUAGUCGUGGCGGCUCCCGGAGAAGACGAAGGAGAUCAGGCUGGUGAGGAAGAAGCGACCUUCGAGAAGUCUGAAGGGGCAAAGGCAACGCAGAGGAACUGGCAGGCGCUUCUAAGUACUGAGGAAAGCAUCAGGUGA